GCAUGCCCUGUUUGAAGGUCGUCAUCACCAGCACGACCAUCGUUGCCGCUGUCACCGUGGCAGACAACUGCAGCAGUUUGGAGCUCGAGCGUCCUCGAGCCAUCCUGGUCAUCCCUGUCGCCGCGCGCGCGGGGGUGGCGCGAGGGGGUGGCUUCUCAGAGCGCAGGGGGCCUCUUGGAAGGGGCCCGGGGCCUGCAGAAAGGUCCACCCGGGCAGAUUGGCUGGCGAUGGCCCGCUGCGCCGCUGCCCGGCGCCGCCGCGGCGCCCUGCCACGAGCGCUCCUGGCACUCAUGGUCGUGGCGGGCUCUGCGGUGGGCUGCGCUGUGACACUCACGGCCUGGAGCGGCGCGGCCCUGCAGCCGCCGACGGACGCAGGCCGGCGCGCGCUGUUCCGUGGCGCCGCCGCCGCCGUGACCAGCGCUACCGUGGUCGCCGCGGUGGCGCCGGAGGAAGCGGCGCGGGCCUACGAGGACUGGAACUGGGAAGGGCUUUACGUACAGAUAGAACCUCCCAUGCCGAACUGCCGUCGGGUGAUCAAGAAUUUGGACCCGAAGAAUCCAGAGCUCCCCGACCUCGUGCUGGAAGGUGUGGACGGCAUAGAGCCCAACGGACAGCCAGGCUGUGAGAAGACAAGCAAGAAGACCAGGUGGACGGCCAGUGCUGUUAUCCAGCCGACGGCCGCAACUGAUCCAGACGAGUUGAUCGCAGAUUUUACCAACAUUGGUGGUGGGAAGGCAGUCAGGGGCCGUGUGAACCGGAACGCCGAGAUCAUCGUGUUCGAGGAUGGUACUAGAUGGCGCGCAAUAUCUUUUUCAACAAAGGCCAAACAGAAGGUCCUUCGCUUCGACCAGAGGUGAGGCAGUGCCCGCUGCCCCGGGACAUGCGUGAUGGGAGGACUAUCAAAAAAAUAGUCGUCCCCAUUCUUUUGUCUGCAUCCACCCACUGUUAUGCCAGGGCGGGACGGCACUGGGCCUAUGCGCUUGCCACAAGCUCGUCGCUGCCAGCACGCCAGAGG